CCAGCGUCGCGUGAUUUUUUUUCCUUUUAGAAAUGUGCUGAGGUGGACUGAAUUAGGGUAGUUAUCGUCAAGUAGAAUCCAACUUUAAUGUUUAUUGUGAAUUUAUUUUCCGGUCUGCGGAAGCUGUCAGAGAAGCUCGUUUUCAACAGGUCUGUGGAAGGCUAAGAGUUUUAAGAGCCAAAACAUCAGGGGCGAGUUCAACCCCGACAAAACGCGCAAAAUGUUUAUAUCAACGGACAAGAUUUAUUUCUAAUUUGGUUCCCCGUUACUUCUGAGCACCGAGAGACCGCCGAGACGCAAAGCCUACGUUCAAUGCCGUUGGAACAUGUCCUAUGUUCCCUUUCAAGAUGCAAGGUGUGCCGUCCCCCCCUCCUAUCAUCAUCACCAUCAUCGCACCCACGUCCACUCCUUCCACACUCCCUCCUACGACCGUCCCGUUCCCGAACGUCCCUCCUUCGACCGUCCCUCCUUCGACCGUCCCAACUUCAACCGUCCCUCCUUCGACCGCCCCUCCUUCGACCGUCCCUCCUUCGACCGUCCCUCCUUCGACCGCCCCUCCUUCGACCGUCCCUCCUUUGACCGUCCCUCCUUCAACCGCCCCUCGCAUGAGCGGCCCAUCUACGAGCGCCCCUCACACGAUCGUCCACCCAACGACCACUGGAACCCCGGUCUUUGUGUGAGCUCCAGAAAUCAGCUCUACAUGUUGGACCAGGAGGAGGUACACCCUUUGCUGAUGCGCGAGAGGCGCUCAGAGUCUCACAGGAACAAGCUACUGCGGCGGACAGUCAGCGUUCCUGUUGAAGGAAGGCACCAUCCCGAGAUGGAUCAUCGCGCCCGGCGGAAGAGCAUAGCCACAGGAAAGCAGCCGAGCAUGGAGGUCCCUCCCACUGCCCCCCUUCAACCCUUCCGACAAUCCGUGAGUAACCCCCCUUGUUCCCGGCCUCGCUCGCUGCCUCCGUCCCUCUCGCUGUCCCUCCUCCCUCCUCCCGCCCUGGGUCCGCCACACACCUGUGGCCGCCGGGCCAGCGGCACCCCGCCUCACCCUUUCCCCCUCUCUCUAGCUGUCUCUCCCUCCCUCGCCUUGUGCCAGCAGCAGAAACAGCUAAAGGGCUCCAAGAAAGGGCCCGGCACGCCUCCUUUGCCCCGCUCGCUGCCCCUCUCUCCCUCCCUGUCCUUCACUCUGCCUCACUCGCCUGCUGCCUCCUCCUCCCCCCCCUUCUUGUACUGGGGCGGAGACUGGAGGGCUGCCAGUUCAAGUCCAGUGGCUGGAGGAACGUUUAUUGCACCACUGCCCCCUGUUGAGAGUUUCCUCAGUAGAAGGUUGAAGGGCUCGAUCAAGAGGGCUAAGAGUCAGCCCAAACUGGACCGAACCAGCAGUUUCCGCCACAUGAUCCUCCCCCGCUUCCGCAGUGCCGACCAAGACAGGACCCGUUUGAUGCAGAGCUUCAAAGAGUCCCACUCCCAUGAGUCCUUGCUGUCUCCCAGCAGUGCUGCCGAGGCACUGGACCUCACUCUGGACGAGGACGCCAUCAUCAAACCUGUCCACUCGAGCAUCCUGGGACAAGAGUACUGCUUUGAGGUGACUACGGCAUCAGGAACCAAGUGCUUUGCGUGUCGCUCAGCUGCAGAGAGAGACAAAUGGAUCGAGAACCUGCAGAGAGCUGUCAAGCCCAACAAGGACAACAGCCGGAGGGUGGACAAUGUGCUCAAGCUGUGGAUCAUAGAGGCACGCGAGCUUCCAGCCAAGAAACGCUACUACUGCGAACUUUGUCUGGACGACAUGCUGUACGCACGCACCACCAGCAAGCCGCGCACCGACACCGUUUUCUGGGGCGAGCACUUUGAAUUCAACAACCUGCCAGCCGUCCGCAAUCUACGCCUUCAUCUAUACAAAGAGACAGACAAGAAGAGACGCAAGGAAAAGAGCACAUACUUAGGACUUGUAAGCAUCCCCAUCUCAAGCAUAACUGGACGUCAGUUUGUGGAGCAGUGGUACCCGGUCAUCCAGCCCAGCGUCCUCACCAAGGGAGCUGGUGUGGGAGGGGGGAAGAUCAUCAACGCAUCCCUACGCCUCAAAUCACGCUUUCAGACCAUGAACAUCCUGCCCAUGGAGCUGUACAAGGAGUUUGCAGAGUACGUCACCAAUAACUACCGCACCAUGUGUGCUGUGCUGGAGCCUGUGCUGAGUGUCAAGAGCAAAGAGGAAGUGGCCUGUGCAUUGGUGCAUAUACUGCAAAGCACAGGGAAAGCUAAGGACUUCCUGUCAGACAUGGCGAUGUGCGAGGUAGACAGAUUCAUCGACCGAGAACACCUUAUCUUCAGAGAGAACACUCUGGCCACCAAAGCCAUAGAAGAGUACCUCAAACUGAUCGGACAUAAGUACCUCAAGGACGCUAUAGGGGAGUUCAUAAGAGCCUUGUAUGAAUCAGAGGAAAAUUGCGAAGUGGACCCCAUGAGAACACCACCCUCUGUACUCCCAGACCACCAAGCCAAUCUUCGAAUGUGCUGUGAACUGGCACUCUGCAAGAUCGUUAACUCACAUUGUGUUUUCCCUCGAGAGCUGAAGGAAGUUUUUGCCUCAUGGAGAGUGCGCUGUGCAGAGAGAGGCCGGGAAGACAUCGCCGACCGUCUCAUCAGUGGUUCCCUCUUCCUGCGCUUCCUGUGUCCUGCCAUUAUGUCCCCAUCGCUCUUCAAUCUCACCCAGGAGUAUCCCGAUGAGCAGACAUCACGCACGCUCACCCUCAUCGCGAAAGUGGUGCAGAACCUGGCUAACUUUUCCAAGUUUGGCAAUAAAGAGGAGUACAUGUGUUUCAUGAAUGAGUUUUUAGAGAUGGAGUGGGGCUCCAUGCAGCAGUUCCUGUAUGAGAUCUCCAACCUGGACAGUGUGAGCAAUGCAGGCGGCUUUGAGGGAUACAUCGACCUAGGCAGGGAGCUGUCCAUACUGCACAGUCUCCUCUGGGAGGUCAUGGCUCAGCUCAGCAAGGAUGCCAUCAUCAAACUGGGUCCUUUGCCUCGCCUCUUGAAUGACAUCAGUAUGGCCUUGCGUAACCCACACCUCCAGAGGCAGCCCAGCCAUCAGACAGACAGGGUGCAGGACAGACAGGCAGACAGGCUGCUGUCACGGCCGAGCUUCAACAGGGGCAUCUCAUCCGAGUUCCAAAAUCUCAUGAUGAGGGAUCUUAAUAGCUCUAUAGAUAUCACUCGCUUGCCUUCCCCUACCUCCACUGGAGGGGUCAUGCCAUCCCGCUCCCAGAUGAGUUUUCAGGACCGUGACCACCCUCAUCGAGCAUCCUCCAAAGACAUGUUUUACGUAUCACGCCCUCCCCUGGCCCGAUCCAGCCCAGCAUAUUGCACAAGCAGCUCGGACAUCACAGAACCAGACCCUAAGGAUUCCCGAAUGAACAGCGUGUCUAACCUGCAGUCGGUGGACAUGCUCAACUCCUCCCAGGCCUCCAUCGCCGGCAUGGGCAGCUUCGGAGGGCUGAGCAGCGGAGGCGGUGGCGGCCUGGGGUCGGGCCUGAGCAGCCAGCUGCGGGCCGGUGGGAGGUUGUCAGCUGGCUCUGGCGGCUCCAGCAUGUCCGGCGGUCUUCGGCUGAGCCAGCUGAGCCAGAUGGGCACCACCACCGACUCGCUAUCCCAGCAGCAGCAACAGCAGGCCGCCGCCAUGCGCUACCCGCUUUCCUUCCAGAAUCCCCUCUUUCAUCUGGCGACUGCUGAUGGGCCUCAACAGCAACAGCUCCAUCACCAGCACAGCCGGGUUCAACCUCCAGCACCCCUGCUCCUGGCGCCAGACCCUGAGCCCUCUCACCAGACCUACAUCCCACAGUUCGCCCAUGGGGGGUUCUCUCGCAGCGAGGACCUGUCUACCCUCAGGACCAGGGACGGUCACCUGGGCCAACCCAGCAUCAUCCACUCACACAGCUACAGUGACGACUACAGCAGGGCUGAAUAUUCACGCAGGCAGAUGUCCAUGCAAGUGCAGGAUAACCUCCAACAGCAACAACAAAUGAUGGGCAUGACCUCCCAGACCGGAACCUCUCAUUCCUCUCUGGCCACCACACCCCCCUCCACAGUCCAACCCAUGCGCCAGAGUUCUGUUGCCCCACCUCCCACCCAGCGCGUCAAGUCCCAGACCUCCCAUCAGCUGUCCGUCAGCGCAGCUGCUGCACCUGCACCGGCUAAAACACGGCCACAGAGUGGGAAUCUACUCCAGUCACCAGAGUCCGGCUACAGCGGCAGGCAGCACGGGUCCCGGCAGCUGUCCGUCAAAGACAACACUGCCCCGGGCCUGCCUCACCAGCAGAGCUCUGUCAGGGAAAGCCAGAGUCCACAGGGAACCACAAGUCAGAGCACUCAACAGUCACCACAGCAACAGUCUCAGCAACAGAAACAGCACCUGCUCAAACCCACCAUGAGCAAACAGGUCGCCCAGUCUCCAUCUACCCUCAAUCCCCCAACCCCAGCCAAUGAGCGAACAGUGGCCUGGGUCUCCAACAUGCCUCAUCUGUCGGCUGACAUUGAAAGUUCGCGAAUUGACCGUGAAGAGUUCAAACUAAAGGAGUACUCAAAGAGUAUGGAUGAGUCACGCAUGGACAGGGUACGGGAGUACGAGGAGGAGAUCAACUCCCUGAAGGAGCGUCUGGUGAUGUCCCACAAAAAGCUGGAGGAGUACGAGCGGAGGCUCCUCACGCAGGAGCAGCAGACCAAUAAGAUCCUCCUACAGUACCAAAAUCGACUUGAUGACAGUGAGAGGAGGCUACGCCUACAGCAAGUGGAGAAAGACUCCCAAAUUAAAGGAAUAAUUAGCAGACUCAUGGCUGUGGAGGAUGAGUUAAGGGGAGGACCAGUGAUUGAGCCAAAAACCAGGAUUUUCGCUGAUCAGGAGGACCAGCUUUCCUCCCUGGGUUCUGCAGACCCCGGUGUGAAAACUGAAGGUGGAGGGGGAGGUGGUGGAUGCGGAGGAGGACAAGGAGGAGGACAAGGAGGAGCGGUAACCAACGAUCAAGGCUUCAGAGUCUCUUCCUUGGGCAUUUCUUCAGACAGCUUGCCCAACAAUGGCGUCCUCCCCCAAAUUGAAGACCCUCCCUCUCUACCCACUCCUCAUCAACAUCCCAGUCAGAAUGGAGAGCUCCGUGGCAACCAAACAUCCUCCCCCAUGACAACCUCACAGGCAACUGGAUCCACAGCAACAGCAACUACAGGCAUAGCAGAAGAAGGGGGAGUAGGUCAAACACAACACUGAGCCAAAUCAGAGAGAGAUGACACACAGGAAAACACUGUCCCCGUCUUUCCCAUUUAGCAAGACAAUGCUCUGAAAAGAAUUCGCCUUAGAUAUUCUUAUUCCCCGGGCAAGAGAGAGAAGAAACGAGGAACGAGUAGUAAUCAUACAGCUACUGUACAGUGCAUACCACAACACACAAUAUAAAGGGCUCUUCAAUGGACACUUGUUCUCUUGAUGCUCACAUGGAGCUUCAGUUAGUAUCAGUCUUGCAGGACAAGAUAAUGAUACCUUAUGAAAUACUGAAUUGACAUACGUACCAAGCCAAUAUGUGAACAUCUGCUCUGUGCUCUCUUGCCUGUCUGCAGCUUCAUGAGAAAGAAAUACAUGGAAGGAACAAACACUAUAGAAUGUCUUGCACCCCAAAGACUUAAUAGUAGCCAUUAGCAGGUGCUAUAAGCUAACUUAUAGUAACCCUCGAUUCCCAUGGAUGUAGGUGCAUUAAAUAUACCUAUCCUGAACUCGCCAGGCUGCAAAUUGUUUAGGUAGAGAUGUGGUGAAGUAGUCUGGCUUUCUUAGUGCCUUUGAGUGUUUUUCAACUGAGUUUUCCAAUAGAGAUCUGAUACAGAAGUAACAGAUGGAGAUCCAAGAUAGCUUUGUUAGUCAGAAAAAUGAUCUGUGGGCUGAAAACAGAGAUUCAAAGACACAAGAUCAAGCGUUGUAGAGGUUUGAGUGACAAAGACAUUUUUGGGAAUUUUUCUCUUUUUUUCAAUCUAAGGGACUUCUUGUUUUUGGACUGAGCUCGUGCAAUUUUUCUCUUCUCAAUCUCAGAACCGAUAUGUGACAAACUGGUGCUAAACAGAAACAAAUGGUGCCAUUUUCCAAGUCAAAUGUCUGUGUCUGCCAUAGCACUGCCUCUUUCAUGAUUCACUCACUGUCUUUUCUUUCUCUCUCUUUCUCUCUCUGUCUCUCUCUCUCUCUCUCUCUCCUGCAAUUUGUCUUUGACAGGACUUUUUUUUUCCCAAUAUGUUUUAUAUGUGUCUUUGUCUUUGUUCUUUGUGCAUCCUGUUGUUCUUCUUAUGUCUAAUGGGGUUGUUGGGGUUUCCAUAUCUGUGUUUUAGAAGCACUCUCCUCCAAUCUCUGGUUUUAUUUACAGUUAAUAAAAGCAGCUCCCCAGCGGCUUAAAAUUGAUGGAUCAUCUAUUGAACGGGCUAUUUCAAAUUUGUGAAGACUGAGCUCCAAAGUGCUAUUUUCAAUUUACACAGAGCACUAAUAAUUUUAAGAUUGAGUGAAGCUAAUUGAA